CUGCCAAAAGAAUUCAGAAAUUAGGGUUUUAUUUCUUUCUUUUUGGUUGCUGUUCACAGAUUCAAUACUCUCCUAAUACUUUUUUCCUCGUAAACUCAGACAAAGAAAAAUAAAAAUACAUGGCGGAGAUUUCAACAGCAAACACACAUCCAAAUUAGUAGAUAUCACCACCUCAUCUACUGAAAGCGACACUAAAAUCAUCCAUACUCAUCUCCUUCUUAGCUAGUCUUUCCGAUUUCGCAAAGCAUAAUCCGAGAUAAUCAGAGAACCCAUGGCCGUAGUCGGAGAUUCUCUCUUCUUAUCAUGUGCAAAACCCAGUUUUUCAUUGAAGAACGAUUUCCAUGGCGUUUCAGUUCGUGUUCCCAGAACUGGAGUUAAGAUUAUUAGGUCAAGGGUUUGUAUUCGAUCAGCAUUGCAGCGGGUGGAGGAACGUGAAAUUGUUUCUCGUUCUUCUCCCGUGGAAGGGGUGUUAGGUUUGGAUUUGGUUUCGGAGCGAGAAUUGAAAGAUAGAGGGUUUAUGGGGUUGAGAAAGACGAAACUUAUAUGCACGAUUGGUCCAGCUUGUAGUUCUGCUGAGCAAUUGGAAAGUUUAGCUUUAGGAGGGAUGAAUAUUGCUAGACUGAAUAUGUGUCAUAACACUAGAGAGUGGCAUUGUGAUGUAAUUAGGAAUAUUAAGAAGUUAAAUCAAGAAAAGGGGUUUUGCAUUUCGUUGAUGAUUGAUACAGAAGGUAGUCAGAUGCAUAUGGUUGAUCAUGGUGCUGCGUCUUCCGUCAAAGCCGAGGAUGGAUCUAUCUGGUUGUUUACCACUCAAAAGUUUGACGGUUAUCGUCCGUUUACAGUUCAAACCAACUAUGAGAGGUUUUCCGAAGGUAUUACUGUGGGUGAUGUACUAGUUAUUGAUGGAGGUAUGGCAAGCUUUGAAGUCAUUGAAAAGAUUGGGGAUGAUUUAAGUUGCAAGUGCAUUGACCCUGGUUUGCUGCUACCUCGAGCCAAGUUAAGCUUCUGGAGAGAUGGCAAACUUGUGGGAAAGAAGUUUGGCCUACCUACAUUAUCAGCUAAGGACCUGUCUGAUAUCGACUUUGGGGUUUCUGAAGGAGUUGAUUUUAUUGCUGUAUCAUUUGUAAACGACGCUAAUGAUAUCAAGCAUCUGAAGAACUACCUCUCCGCAAGAUCCUCGGAGUCCACAAGAGUUUUAGCGAAGAUUGAGAGCUUGGAGUCUCUUGGAAAUUUGGAAGAUAUUGUAGAGGCUUCUGAUGGAAUCAUGGUGGCUCGUGGUGAUCUUGGUGUUCAAAUACCAUUAGAACAGAUUCCAGCCGUCCAAGAGGAAAUUGUUCAUGUUUGUAGGCAACUAAACAAGCCAGUGAUUGUAGCUUCUCAGCUUCUUGAGUCGAUGAUUGAAUAUCCUACGCCAACUCGUGCAGAGGUUGCAGAUGUAUCUGAGGUAGUUCGGCAGUAUGCAGAUGCCUUAAUGUUAUCUGGUGAGUCUGCAGUUGGAUCUUAUGUAGACAAGGCUCUUUCUGUCUUACGGAGUGCUAGUAUGCGCAUGGAACUAUGGAGCCGUGAGGAAAACCGACAGAGUCUUCUAUCCCAGCGUCAACUUGGGGUGGCUUUGCCCGAUAGAAUUACUGAGCAAAUUUGUGAUUGUUCUGUAGAAAUGGCAAACAAUCUUGGUGUGGAUGCUAUCUUUGUGUUUACAAGGCAUGGUCAGAUGGCAUCCCUUAUGUCACGCAACCGUCCAAACCCACCAAUUUUUGCAUUUACCGACAAUAAUAGCACCAGGAUGGCUCUAAACUUGCAGUGGGGUGUCACCCCCCUCUAUAUGGAACUAUCGGAUGAUAUGGAUAAAAACAUUCAGAAAACUUUUGAUAUUUUAAGGACAAGGGGGAUGGUGAAAGAGGGUGAUGUCGUUCUGGUGAUUGCAGAUGUCACCCCAACUUGUGCAACUUCUGCAUUUCAGUCAAUUCAGGUGAAAACUGUAGUUUAAUUUGCUAUGUGUUACAUUGCAAUGUGGACUUAUAUUAGGUAUUGAUAGUUCCUAAGUAAAAUGCUGUAGUGCAUUAUCUGUAAUUUCUGUUCUUCUUUUAGCAUUUUGAACUCCCUGCAUGUCCAUGGUCACAUGACUGCAGUAAUAGUCUAAUCUAGUAUUAAAAGCAGCUUGAGUUUAUAAUUUUUGUUAAUUUUCCUUCAAGUUUAUUGGAGUUUAUUGUAGAACGUUGUGCUGUUUACCUGUAUAACAGCAAUUCAAUAUGUAUUGGCCACCAUUUGUGUAUCAUAUUUUCCCAGGUUCAGCCCUA